CUUCUACAAGGCCGCUCUCCGCGCUUGCAUGUCCUUCAAAUCCACGCCAGAGUCCUACGCCUGCACGCCCAUCAGGAUAACUUGAUCGCCACUCGCCUCAUCGGCCAUUACCCAUCUAUCGCGGCUCUUCGAGUCCUUGAUCAGCUUCAGCAUCCAAACUUGUUUCCCUUCAAUGCCAUAAUCAGAGUCCUUGCUCAGGAAGGUCGUUCCUUGGAUUCUUUCCUUGUGUUCCGAAGAUUGAAAUCGGUUCACUCUCUUUCCCCCAACGGCCUCACUUUUUCUUUCAUUUUGAAGGCGUGUUUUGUUUCAAAGAGCUCACUUUCCGUGAAGCAGAUUCAGACCCAUGUCGUGAAAAGUAGAUUCUCGGCCGACCCUUUUGUUGGCAAUGCUCUAAUUGUUGCGUAUGGGAAGGGGGUCGAUGAUGUAGGAUCCGCGCGCAAGGUGUUUGAUGAUAUGCCCGGUAAGGGAGUGGUUUGUUGUUGGAAUUCUUUGAUUUCGAGUUAUGUCCAAGUGGGUUCUCCGGAUGAAGUUAUGGGGCUGUUCUGUUCCAUGGUCGAGGAGAAUGUGAAGCCCGAAAGUGAUACGCUAGUUAGUGUUCUGUCAGCAUGUUCUGAACUUGAAAUUGACCAGAUUGAGAAAUGGGUUUCCCUUUUGUCUGAAUUGGUUGGAAGGACUGGUGGUGGUGGGGAUGAUGAUUCCAUGAACUGUGUCCUCGUCUAUCUGUAUGGGAAGUGCGGAAGGACAGACAAGAGCAGGGAAAGGUUUGACUGUAUUGUCAGUGAUAGGGAAACAAGUGUGCUUCCUUGGAAUUCUAUGAUAAAUGCUUAUGUGCAAAAUGGACAACCUUUGCAGGCUUUGAAUCUUUUCCGCUUAAUGGUAGAUGGUGAUCAUGGUUGUAAACCCAACCAUGUAACAAUGGUCAGUGUGCUCACUGCUUGUUCUCAAAUAGGUGACCUCGAGCUUGGGCAAUGGGUACAUGAUUUCUUGAAAACUAGAGGAUGCAGAGGUGUUGUAGAAUCGAACAAAAUUCUGGCCACUGCGUUGAUAGACAUGUACUGCAAAUGUGGGAGUUUAGACAAGGCAAAGGAGGUUUUCAGCAAGUUGACAACCAAAGAUGCCAUCUCUUUCAAUGCAAUGAUAAUGGGGCUUGCUGUGAACGGUAAAGGAGAGGAUGCAAUUCAUCUUUUUGAGAAGAUGCAAGACUUUUCUCUUUACCCAAAUGCUGGAACGUUCCUUGGUCUUCUAUGGGCUUGCAGCCACUCGGGAUUAUCCAAUAAAGGACGGCAGAUAUUCAAUGAUAUGACCUCAGUGUUUGGAAUUCCUCUCAGGAUGGAACAUUAUGCUUGUUAUAUUGACAUUCUUGCCCGUGACGGUCAAUUGGAAGAAGCUGCCAGUGUUGCUGCAUCCAUGCCUUUUAAGCCUAACAAUUUUGUGUGGGGGGCAUUGCUUGGAGGGUGCCUGCUUCAUUCCAGAUUGGAUUUGGCUCAAGAUGUUUAUAACAGGCUUGUUGAAGUAGACCCAGAUAGUUCUGCAUGCUAUGUGAUGUUAGCAAAUGUUUUGGCUGGUGAUAGGCGAUGGGAUGAUGUGUCUGUCCUAAGGUGGUUUAUGAGGGAGAAAGGAGUGAAGAAGCAGCCAGGGUCUAGUUGGGUCAAUGUCAAUGGCAUUGUCCAUGAAUUCGUGGUGGGUUCCGCAGCACAUCCUCAAAUGGCGAACAUAUAUCAUACACUCCAUGGGUUGGCGGGUGAAAUGAGAUUCCUAACUCCUUAG